CUCGAAAUGGAACGCAGCUCCGCUUCUUCUUCAAGGCCCUCUCUUCCUCGCCUCGCCACCGUGGAAGAUGCUGCAAUCCUCCACCUGCCAGGUAAUGGUGCUGCCCUCGCGCUGCUGAGGAGAAGGUGGGCGGAGGCUCUGGAUAGGUUGAAUUCGCGGCUCGAUUCGUUUAAGAGCAGGAUCAUCUCCUCCUCCCCCACCGCCAUCGCGACUACUGCAACGCCUUGUGGCGUUGUAGUGGAGGAGGAAUCAGAAAGAAAUCACGCGACGGCGGAGGAGUGGUUUUGAGACAAUUUCGUGAAUCAGGCCCUUUUCUUGGAUGGUACGGGAAAUUGGAAUCUCGAUGUCUUCCAGAGUUCCAGUUCAUUUUCGAUUUCUUUAUUGUUUUGUGUUUGAAAUUCUGGUAGAUUGAAAGACCCUGGUGGAUGAUACUGGUGAAUUGGGUUUGUAAUUUUAUAAUUUUUGGGUGGGUUGAGUUUGGUUUGGUUGAUUAAUUUUAUUAUUAUUAUUUGUUGAUGAUAUGGUAUGCUGACUGGAAUAAAUUAACGGACUUUUG